CCCGCCCAGCGAUGCCAAGUGGAUAAUGGCAGCGACGGGUUUGAGAGCUGUGACAUUUGUCUCCUUGCUGCUGUCUCUGUGUGACUUCACACAUGCCGGAGGAACGGAUACGAGGCUCAUCCGGCGUGAAUCACUCCAAGACGGCAGGUUGAGAAUCUCCGCGCACGGUCGACAGCGGCAAGUACCUCUCAUCCCAGGCAAUGCUGCGCCAACCGCAGGUCCGGUAGCGUCCGCAGCGCCGGCAGCGCCUGCAGCGCCCACCAUAGCGCCCACCACAGCGCCCACAGGACCUGCGGUCACUGCGCUAGCUGUAACCACUGUGCCUUCUGUCGCACCUGGCGCAGCAAAAGUGCACACUGUGAAGACGGAGGUCAGAGAGGUCAGGGAGGUGACUGAAAAGACGGACGAGGAGGAGGGCGAGGAUGAAGAUGGCGCAGACAGGAAAGACAAGGAACACAAAGAUCAGGGAGAGGGCAAAGAUGAAGGGAAGCCAAAAGAAGAGAAGGUCACACAGAUGCCGGGCUGGACCAUAGCUGCAGGUGGAGUUCUCCUGGCUGCUGGUGCCUUGGGGGUCUAUGUCUGGUCUCGCCGGCCUGAACCAAAACUAAAGCAGGACAAGCCAAGGACGAGCAUAUUGUCUAGAAGGCUGCGAGGAUCAGUUGAGCUCAAGAUAUUUUAUGGCAUUGCGGCAUUGGGUCUCACGCAGGACCUUGUUCCUAUCAGCUCCCCAUGUCUUUCAACCUGUCCAUCUCUAUCGACUCUAUCGCCUAUCGCCUUUUCAGAAGGGUUCUCCAUGGUUCCUCACCUUGAACUCUGCGCUGCACCCGAUUCUCCGAACAAACGAAGAUCCAAUAUGUCUGCUGCCGAAGAGAAAGGCGCACGUCGCUCCAUUCGAGAGGGGUCGUCUUCAGAAUCUGAGCGGCAGAAAUCCAGACGGUCUAGGACUGAAGCUUCAAAGAAUGCAAGCCAACGAGGAAGUUUGUCAAGAAAAGACCCUGAAAAGUCAAAAGGUAGCAAAGCUGCGAACCCCGAUCAUGCUGAAGUCAUUGCCACCGAGGGUGCUGCUGCAAAAGGUGGCUACAAAAACCGCAAGCAGCAAGCAACAAGAGCAGCGGAUGCAAAAAAACAAACAGAUGAAACAAUAGUUCCCCUCGCCACUGAUCAACCAGCUGCAGCUGAAAAGCCAGCAGAGGGCACGCCACCAACCCCAGCUGCAAGUGAAGAAACACCUGCUGCAAGUCCUGCCGUGCCAGAUGCUGCAAUCCCCAAGAAUGAAGAAGCAUCGGCAGAAGGAACUCCGGCUGAUACGACCACAUCAAGACCAAGUGCUUACAGAAGCCGGAAGCAAAAUCAGCCAGCAGCAGCUGAAAAGCCAGCAGAGGGCACGCCACCAACCCCAGCUGCAAGUGAAGAAACACCUGCUGCAAGUCCUGCCGUGCCAGAUGCUGCAAUCCCCAAGAAUGAAGAAGCAUCGGCAGAAGGAACUCCGGCUGAUACGACCACAUCAAGACCAAGUGCUUACAGAAGCCGGAAGCAGAAUCAGCCAGCAGCAGCUGAAAAGCCAGCAGAGGGCACGCCACCAACCCCAGCUGCAAGUGAAGAAACACCUGCUGCAAGUCCUGCCGCGCCAGAUGCUGCAACCCCCAAGAAUGGAGAAGCAUCGGCAGAAGGAACUCCGGCUGAUACGACCACAGCAAGACCAAGUGCUUACAGAAGCCGGAAGCAGAAUCAGCCAGCAGCAGCUGAAAAGCCAGCAGAGGGCACGCCACCAACCCCAGCUGCAAGUGUAGAAACACCUGCUGCAAGUCCUGCCGCGCCAGAUGCUGCAACCCCCAAGAAUGGAGAAGCAUCGGCAGAAGGAACUCCGGCUGAUACGACCACAGCAAGACCAAGUGCUUACAGAAGCCGGAAGCAGAAUCAGCCAGCAGCAGCUGAAAAGCCAGCAGAGGGCACGCCACCAACCUCGCCUGCAAGUGAAGAAACACCUGCUGCAAGUCCUGCCGUGCCAGAUGCUGCAACCCCCAAGAAUGAAGAAGCAUCGGCAGAAGGAACUCCGGCUGAUACGACCACAGCAAGACCAAGUGCUUACAGAAGCCGGAAGCAGAAUCAGCCAGCAGCAGCUGAAAAGCCAGCAGAGGGCACGCCACCAACCCCAGCUGCAAGUGAAGAAACACCUGCUGCAAGUCCUGCCGUGCCAGAUGCUGCAACCCCCAAGAAUGGAGAAGCAUCGGCAGAAGGAACUCCGGCUGAUACGACCACAGCAAGACCAAGUGCUUACAGAAGCCGGAAGCAGAAUCAGCCAGCAGCAGCUGAAAAGCCAGCAGAGGGCACGCCACCAACCCCAGCUGCAAGUGAAGAAACACCUGCUGCAAGUCCUGCCGUGCCAGAUGCUGCAACCCCCAAGAAUGGAGAAGCAUCGGCAGAAGGAACUCUGGCUGAUACGACCACAGCAAGACCAAAUGCUGCAACCCCCAAGAAUGGAGAAGCAUCGGCAGAAGGAACUCCGGCUGAUACGACCACAGCAAGACCAAGUGCUUACAGAAGCCGGAAGCAGAAUCAGCCAGCAGCAGCUGAAAAGCCAGCAGAGGGCACGCCACCAACCUCGCCUGUAAGUGAAGAAACACCUGCUGCAAGUCCUGCCGUGCCAGAUGCUGCAACCCCCAAGAAUGAAGAAGCAUCGGCAGAAGGAACUCCGGCUGAUACGACCACAGCAAGACCAAGUGCUUACAGAAGUCGAAAGCAGAAUCAAAGCUCCAGUGGAGCUAGUUCUGGGCCAAGUGCGACUCUGGUGGUCGGUCAAGCUACCGUCAACGGCGGCAAAGUGCUGCUGCUGCCAAGCCAGAAACGCGGCCGAGCGCGAACCGAAGCAGAACUCAAAAUCAGCGAGCUGGCUGCCAUUCGCUUCCAAUUAAUUGGUGCCGUCGGUACUGCAGACUAUGGCCUGACCUUACCAACUGGCACAACAGAAAAACUUGGCAAACCUUCUGGGUUAAAAGACACGGACGAGUUGUUUGCUGCUGGCCUCGCUCGCGUGAGCUGGAAGAGGGAUUCUCUGGAGUUGGGGGAUCGCAGCUUUGGGUCCAGCACUCAGAGGGUCCCGCGGUCUGUGACCUAUGGCGCGAUGCUAGAGGUCGAGUCCUAUGGUGGGAACGGAGGGGGAGCCUUCUUGGGCCUGGUGCGAGAGAAAUCCGCCAGAAUACGCCCUACACUUCUUGGCCAGACAUUUGUCAGGACAGUCACUGUCGACUUGCGUGCUCCUGGAGAGGAGCGGCUGCUUCUGUCCACUGGCGCGCCUUCCCGAGGCUCAGCCCCUGCAGUGCCACUGGUGGAUCUGCGGCCCAAUGGAGCACCAGUUCGCUACUACGCUGUGGAGGCAACGGCCCUGCGAGUGGCAGGACAACGAUUGGAGUUGACAGCGCCUUUGAUCGCUGUCAUUGACACAGGCACAACAGGGCUUGGUCUUCCUUCCGCACUUUUCGAGAGCUAUGACCAACUUCGCAGAAAUGUUGCGCAAGAGUUUGGUCUGCAGCGGGCGCAGGAAGUGGACCUGCUCCUCCGUGCGGAGGAUGGUUCUGAGCUAUCCCUUAGCAUGAGGCCAGGGCGACAAAAGGCCUACAAGCAAGAUCGUUUUGAUAUUGUCACUGCGUUGCCGGAACCGUCAGGCAUGAACGCAGAAGCAUCAGCACUUUGGACUGGACAAGGUCUUUCGGGUGCUCAACCAAUGAAGUUGCGCGAUGGGAAGUUCAUAGCCCAGGCACCAAGUGCUUCCAUUGGAUGGGUGCAAGCAGACAGGCCUGUGAGUCGAGGAGAUCGGUUCUUGGUCAGGCUGCUUCCAUCUGGACCAGGCCGUUUGCCGUGCAACGGCUCCGUGGGGUUAGCACCUCGUGGCGCUCGCCUCACCGAACGCCUCACCCAGGACACUGCCGCAUAUGGCACAGAAGGCAAACUCAUUCCAGGUGAUCUGGUCGAGUGUCGUCUUGCGGAUGAUGGUUCUGGCACUGUCACAUGGAGGGUGAAUGGCAAAGAGGUGGCUUCUCCCGCCUCCUUAAAUACUGGUCGCAAUGUGUAUCCUACGGUGGAUGCUUAUCUUCAAUUCAAACUGCAUCAAUUUGCUGCCGUUGUUCUUGGCCUCUUGUGCUUCAGAAACUUGAAUCUGGGCCUUGUGGAUCUACGUAGACUCGAGGUCAAGCAGUCCUCCUUUUUUGAAGAAUUUAAUUUGUUGGUCCAUUUUGACCCUCCUUAG